GCUCCGGCGCUGCUCUGGUGGAGUGUUGGACCGGUGUGAUUGGGAGGAAACGCCGUUGACUGCAUUCAUUCGAGCGGUCUGAGAGAGAAUCAGCUGUACGCCGACAUCCGCCAGCACUCAGUGAGCAGUCAUGUGCGAGCCAUCUCAAAAGGAAAAUGUCCAAAAGGCCAAGCUGGCCGAGCAGGCUGAGCGUUACGACGACAUGGCCGCCGCAAUGAAGAAAGUGACAGAGGAGGGUGAGACGUUGUCGAAUGAAGAGCGCAACCUGCUGUCUGUGGCGUACAAGAACGUGGUGGGUGCUCGUCGCUCCUCCUGGCGCGUCAUCUCCAGCAUCGAGCAGAAGACUGAGAGCAACGAGGGCAAGCAGCAGAAGGCCAAAGAGUACCGGCAAAAAAUCGAGAAGGAGUUGAAAGAGAUCUGCGGUGAUGUUCUGACUCUCUUGGACAAGUAUCUGAUUCCCAAAGCAGACACGGCAGAGAGCAAAGUAUUUUAUUUGAAGAUGAAAGGAGAUUACUUUCGCUACUUGGCUGAGGUGGCUACAGCAGAGGAGAAGGAUGGAAUUAUAACAGAUUCACGGGGCGCAUACAACGAGGCCUUUGAGAUCAGCAAAAAAGAAAUGCAGCCUACACACCCGAUCCGCCUCGGUCUGGCCCUCAAUUUCUCAGUGUUCUACUACGAGAUCCUCAAUGCUCCUGAUGAGGCCUGCAAACUGGCCAAACAAGCUUUUGAUGAUGCCAUUGCAGAACUCGACACCCUGAGCGAAGAAUCGUACAAAGACAGUACACUAAUUAUGCAGCUAUUAAGAGACAACCUGACACUGUGGACUUCUGAUACCCAGAAUGAUGGAGAUGAACCAGAGGAGCCCAAAGAAUGAGCUGCCUUCUAACAGUCAUCCCUGUCUGCCUGCCAUCAUCCAGGACCACCUUCAUCAUGAUCUUCAUCCACCUCAUUGUCAACAUCAAACUGUAGCCAUUGUUCUUCUGUUUAGGUCUCAACUCAUCUCACUACUUUUGGUUUACCAUUUGUUCUGUAGUACCUGUGGGGGGAAAUGGGGUGGGAGAGAGGAAGUUUUUAAUAGUGUGAUGGGGAGGUUAGUGUACUUUGAGGCAUGAUGCUGUAGCUGCUAACCUGAGGUGAAGAAAUCCAAAAGGUGCAAGCACAAGUUUUAUUCUCAUGACUUGCAAGUUUUAAAAAACAACAUAUUUGCUUUAGUGAAUAAUGUUUUGAGUAACCUAAUCUUUAGAUGGCCCAUCCAUGGUUGCUCAACGGUAGCUGGCUCCUCACACCUGACUGGGCAGCACCUAUCGCCCCAUAGAAUUGCAACAGAAAAAUACAAUGAUGAUGUAACGGGGACUGCUGGAGAUAAAAGGCAAGGUUUAUACAGGUUACAUUCCAUUUACUGUCAAAUGUUUAACUUUCCGUGUUUGUGUUCUUUUUUUUUUUUUUAAAUCAUUUUGCUGGGGGGCUGCUUUUUUACAUCAACGUAUCUAUUAGUAGGUAUAGAAAAAUUGAAGAACAAGAGCAUACAAGCUUGUAUUGUUGCUGUUUUGUAUGAGCACCGCAGUAAGAAAAAAAAAACACCUUUUCUAUAACUACUGCUUUUCAAAUUAGGUUUUGUCUUUACUCGUCUUUCAGUACUUGUCUAAACUGUUGGUAAGGGGUAGUUUGUGGAGAAGAAAGGAAGGUUUUUUUGGGUUUGUUAGCUUUGCCUUUGGAGUUUUCAUACUGAACACUUGAGCAUAACUGUUAUCUGGGGGAAAUGUGUAAUGCCAUGUUAGUGGAAUUAAAAACAAACAAAAAAACA